CGGUAGUGCAAGAGGUUCCAGUGAGAGCAGGAACGGCCCUUCGGAAGCUGAGACGAGUUGCAGGUCCCAUAAAAACUAAAGAUGUCAUUUGCCAGGGAAAAGCUUUACAAUGGAUAUUUGCGGCAGAACAUGUCAACCAUUGUUUCCACGGUGAAAGUGAGAGAAAUUAUAGUCCAUCUGCCUUGCCUGACGACUCACGACAGGGAAAACAUAGAGGCAAAACGCGAUUCUUCUGGGAAUUACGAUGGCAUGGCGCUUCUCCUGGAUUGCCUAAGGAGGAGAGAAAAUUGGCCGGAGCAGUUCAUCGAGGCGCUUGAGGCAUGCGAGCACACAACUAUUGCGGCUGAGAUCAGAGCAGAAUACAAUGCUCUGAAAGGCGUCAACAAUUCUAGCCCUGGCUCUCCUCCAACAACUGUCACCAGGGCACAUGUGCAUCCAGCACCAGCUGCUAGUCAUCCGCCCAUUCCAGAGAGUGGUGCUGCAAAGAGUCAAGCUGCUGUAGCUCUGCCAUCUGAAGCCCCUCCAGCUCCUUCAGAGCCAGCUGCACAAGCACCACCCUCUCCAAAAACCCCUCCGAGUGCAGCAGGCCAAGUUUCUGAGGCUGUUUCCCCACCUAAGCUGGUCCCAGAGCCUCCACAGUCAGCUGACCGUGAGGUUCCACCUCUUCCAUCAACACCUCCUCCUUCUCCUGAGACCCCACACGCUCAGGUAGCCGGCGUCCCGCUGCAGCAGCAAGAGUUUAAUUUUCACCAGAAGCCCGAAGCAAACAUCCAAGAUGUUUCAGUUGACACUAGUCUGAUUCCAGAUGAGGCAAACUCAGGAAACAAAGAUGUUGCCACCCUUCAACAGCAGCAUCCAGUCACACUCUGUGGAACAGACACUCUAUCCUCUGCAGUUUCUCUCCAAGCAGCAGUUAUAAAUGACGGGCCACCACUGAGUCCCACUCACAUAAACUCAACCGACGAAUCUUCUUUCCCCACAAUGACUCCAGAGAAGCAUCCAGUCCAGGACACCGCUCCUCCGGUCAAAAUUUCUAAUGCUGUUCUGCAGCCUGAGGAAACCUCUGAACCUCCAGCUGCAAAGAUUGUUGAAGGCAUCCCAGAAACAGAACCUGCCGCUACAACCUCCCCGGAGCCUCCUGCAGAUGAGAUAACCACCUCUCUGGACGAUGUAUGCCUAAGCAAGCCGGGCCAACUCAUUAGCGUCCUACCACAAAAUCCUGCCAGUCCAGCUGCCCAGACAUCCAGCCAGUCACUGGAGCCCUACUCUGGCAACAGCGAGCGACUGGAAAUAAGCGAGGCUGCAGGAGGCGCAGGGAUCUCCACUCACACUCCUAUUUACUCUGCUGCAAAUUCAGUUAGCACCCUCUCGUGCCAGGAGAACAGCGUUGCUCCUAAUCACAACGAACCUGAGGAGAACCACUACGAGUCGCCAAACGAGAGCAUGGUGCUGGAGGUUGUGGGGCACAUUUCCGAGGCACCAUCGAUCCUUAACCUGGAUGGCCAAACUACAACACCACAAGUUCAGUUGAUCAAUGGAGAAACAGCCAAAGAAGCCAUCUCUGCACCACCAGCAUCCAUUAACAAUACGAGUGAUGUUCUGUCAAGUUUAAAUAGCUCUUGCAGUCAGAGCUGCAACGUCCCUGAACCUGCACCGGCUGGUGUUUCUCCGAAGUCACUGCAGAAGUCCACCUGGUCAACUAAUACAAAGUUCAUUCUGACUGCUGCAGGAGUGGGUGCCUGUGCCCUCCUGAUGGCAUGGAGGUUGAAGAAGUAAAGGGACUUGAUACCGUUUAAUGAAAGAGAAGAUUAGGCUUUAAGGAUUGUGACUGAGGAUCUAAAGGGUAUGGUGCCUUAUUGAACUCACUUUUCUAAGAUGUUACGAAGCAACAGUUUAAUUAUAUCUGAAGUGAUAAUAGCUGGCUUUCCAGACCUUUGAUCAUGUCAUUAAUCUCUAAAAAAAUCUCUUAAGUAAUCUUUUUCUGUUGAUUGAAUUUGACUUAAGAACAAAAGUUAAAUCAAACCUUUUGAUUCAUUUCAGGGCACUGCAUGAAAGUGGGUUGAGAUAUCAGGUUUUUACACAAUUUCUUCAAAUGUCCUGUUUUUAAUAGCACACAGGGGCUGUAUGAUGUAUGCUGUAUUCUCACAAUUCAGGAUAAGACUGUUGCCCAGUUAGAUAAAUGUACAAAGUACCUGAAUUUUCUUAGAUAUGAACCUUGUAAUGAAUACAAAACAGUUUAUCACAUUUUAAAUUUCCUUUUCCUGUUGAUAUUGGGAAAUGUGGUUAUAAAUGAUGACUAGCACUCUCUAUAUUUAUUUGUACAUAGUCUCUCUCUCUCUAUCUAUCUAUCUUAUCUAUCUAUCUAUCUAUAUACAUAUAUAUAUAUAUAUAUAUAUAUAUAUAUAUAUAUAUAUAUAUUACUCUGAGUAUCUAAUUGCAUAUUUUAAGAGACUGUGAGGUGUUAAAUAUAUCCCAAAGCAUUCAAAAUAUUUAAGAUAAUUAGUACUAGAUUAAUUGAUUUGGCCAGUGUUUGGCAAACCAAGCAAAGCACCUUCCCCAGUUUGUUUCUAAACUAGAAAGCACCUUAUGAGUAGUGGUAUUUGUUUGAUCUGUGAUGUCAUUUGGUGAUUUUAACCCAAUUUUUUUUCUAGUUAUAAAUAGGACAUGAAAACGUCUAAAAUGUCACUGUACUGUUAAAUGUAAUAAUCUAAUAUAAAAUGAGUAAAUUGGAUUCUUGCAUAAUUUGGCAGCUCUCUAAUGAGCUCUCCUUGAUAACCACUCUUCUCACAAGUCACUUGGCUUUCUGGUGAAUUGGUGCAAAUUUUUGAUUUGACAGUUUUAUUUACAGGUAGAUUUUCCUCUUGGACUGUGUCAUGAUGUAUGAGGAUAUGGGAUUUUAUUAUAAAUAGCAUUGUAGAUACCAAAAGGGCUCUGAAAGAAUUCAUUCAGAAAGGUUUCAACAGCGUGAAUGAGCUGAGAUGUUGAUUAUAAAAUGUAUUGUGUUUAUGUUUCUUAUAAAAGUUCAAUAAGGAGAGAUCACUUGACAGAAUGGCGAAUGAUUUUAUAAGAUUUUUGUUUGGCAAUUAUAAUCUGAUGAAUUAUCUUGUUGAGCAGUGGCACAAGUAAAGGAAAAGGGUAGGCUGCAACCCUGAGUGAUCAGAGCCGCAGAGACCUCUAAUGAGGCAUUAGGAGGAGAUUUUGUGGAGACAGACUGUUUGAAAGGUUUAAAGAACCUGGACCAGAGUUGUGAUGACAGAAUCAAUGAGGUGAGUUUGACAGUGUGAGAAAACAAAGGGACAAAGCGUGGUUGAAUGAAAAUCCACAACACCUGGAAUAAGAGCAAACUUGAGGGAACAGAUCCUCCUUACUGAGCUUAUGCUGAAAGUUUAUUUAUAUUUUUUGAUUAAGUUUCAGCAAACAUUUAACUAUGCACUGCAACAUUCACAUCAAUAAAAAUGAGAUCAUUAACAGUCA